UUCUUUUAUUUUCCUUCUCAAACCAAUUUCAUCAAUUCUUUCUCUAAGAUUUCUGGGUUUUUGCUCUGUUUCUCGUUAUAUUUUAUAGACGGAGGCAGCAGCAAUUUCUUAAUAGGUUAUUGGAAUUCGAUGUGUUUGAUAAUGGAAACGGAUGAUCACGACGGUGGUGUUUUAGUUUCGCCGUCGAAUUUCUCCAUGGUUGAAGACGGGAUUUAUCGAUCUGGGUUUCCUCAACCCGAGAAUUUCGGUUUCCUCACAACCCUAAAUCUCCGUUCCAUCAUUUAUCUUUGCCCUGAGCCAUACCCAGAGGAGAAUCUCAAGUUUCUUGCGGCCAACAACAUUCAGCUUUUCCAAUUUGGAAUCGAAGGGAAAACGGAUCCUCCUACUCCAAUGCCAAAAGAUACAGUUUUGGAUGCUCUCAAAGUCUUAGUUGAUGUAAGAAACCAUCCGAUUCUCAUACAUUGCAAACGUGGGAAGCAUAGGACAGGUUGUUUGGUGGGAUGCUUAAGAAAAGUUCAGAGCUGGUGUUUACCAUCGGUGCUCGAGGAAUACCAGAAGAACGCGGGAUUGAAGUGGAGACAAAGGGAUUUGAAGUUUAUAGAGACUUUUGAUAUCGUGAGCUUGAGGCAGUGUCUCUUGAGCAUUAUGUAUCGGUAUCACGGUUAUGGUUCCAAGAGGAAAAGGUUGGUCUAUGAAGAAGAAAAUGUCCAGCAACCGAAACCGCAGGCUGCUAAAGUUUGAAAAUGAGAGCAACCAAGUGGGAUAUGGUUCGGGGGUUUAAAUCUGAUGAUUCUUCUAGGAGGUUAAGUUUGGUUUUUUAGCAAUGGAAAUGUACAGAAAGGUCACUCUUCAUUAAAGACUGAUGCAUGAGAGGUCAAUCAACUCGAUGACCACUAAUGCCUCUGUUGCUUUUAUCUUUUUUUUUUUUUUUUUACUUGUCAACUCUUAAAGUGGCUUUAGCUAAUUGUUCAAAGACCCUCUCUUUCAAAUAAGAAAUAUUAUUACAAGAAAUUAGACUAUGGAAAGGUUUCUGACUGUAUAUAUAGCACAU